UACAGACUUGAUUUGUAAAAUAUCAAAAUUUUGUAACAUUGCUAUGUAAUUCGUGCCAGCCCCAGCAGGCAGGCUCAGGGUGGGUACCGCUGACAGGCUCUUGCAUAUCGUCUGGCUUGUGGGGCCGGUGGCCAGAAGAAGACGUCAGUGAUGGGUCUCGGACGGAAACGUCACCCAUUCCUUCUCUUCAGAGCCGCUGCCUGUCCCGCUGAGUUACUCCAGCAUUUUGUAUCUAUAUCCUCGCUUUUAAACCAGCAUCUGCAGUUCCUUCCUGCACAGAAGACGUCAGGGGGAGGGUGAGGGCCGCUGAGUUGCAGGAAGGGUGGUGGUGGGGAGGCCGAUGUCCCUGCAAGUCGCCCGCAGCCUCCUGCGGGACAUCCAGCUCAACGUGCUGGAGUGCAAAGUCUGUUUCGAGAUCUACAGCGACAGCGCGGAGCGCCGGCCUUGCGUGUUGCCCUGCGGCCACGCCGUGUGCCGCCAAUGCGCCGGGGCUCUGUCCCAGGGAGGGCGGCAGCUGCAGUGCCCGUUCUGCCGGCGUUGCGGGCCGCCUUCUCAAGCCAUCGACUGCCUGCCUCUGCUGCAGCUGGCGGAGCUGCUGAACCCAGUGCCCGAGGGCGGCGGCGGUGGCGGCAGCAGCAGCGGUAGCGGCCCGUGUCCCCUCACUCGGCCCCGGCUCACGGCCGUGCUCGGCGGCUGGGGUAAGCUGCUCAACCCCCGGGCGCUGUCUGUCUGCCCGAGCUCCGGGGCGCUGGCGGUGGCUGACGACGACCCCCGCCGCCCGCUGCGGCUGUGGGAGCGGGGAGAGGAUUCACUGGAGCCCGCAGCCGCAGCCGCCGGAUUUAGCGGCUUGUUGUACCCGCUGGGUGUGGCGCUGGCCGGCGGUGGGCUGCUGCUGGUGGUGGCGGACGGCGGGGAUUCGUCCCUCAAAGUGUUCGCCCUGGGAGAGAGCCAAAAGCCGAGCGCGAAGACCAUCCAGGGCGACUUCGCUUUACCCUGGGGAGUGGCGGCCGGUCCAGGCUCCGACCAGGUGGCUCUGACCGACGCCCAGCGAGGUACCUUGUUGCUACUCCGCCUGCAUCUGCCCGGCGGCGGCUUAUUGAGCACCGAGACCGUGAGCGAGGGGUUGCAGUGCCCGCGGGAGGUGGCCGUGUGCCCGCUACACUGUUGCAUCCACGUGGUGGAGCAUUUGCAACCUCUCCCACCCUCCACUGCCUCCACCUCUUCUUGCAUCCGCCUCAAGACCUUCAACAGCCGCCGCCAACUCAUCCACCAACUCGACAGCACCGUCUUCAGCCCGGCCCGGCUCCCCGCCGGCCUCUCCGCCAUCGCCGCGGACGGCCGAGGCAACGUGCUGGUGGCCGACGGGCUGGGGGGCACGGUGGGUCUUGUGGAGGGUAUCACGGGAACCCUCCGCUACCGAGUCCUCAUCGCCGAGGGCCUGGUCCGGCCGGCGGGGCUGGCGUGCACCGCUGAUGGAGAGCUGGUGGUGCUGGACAGCGGAGACCACACAUGCAAAAUCUACACCGCUCCCGAGGUGCCCUGAGCAUGCCGAGAUGUCUCCCCACAGCUCGUGACCAUCUCUCUGGGGAAAGAAGGUCCACCUUAACAUCCCUUCCAAAUCUUUUUUCCCAAUACUCUUGAUUUCAGUUCAGUUUAGUUUCACGAAAUGUGUUGGAAGGAACUGCAGAUGCUGGUCGAAACCGAAGAAAGACA